CGGCGGUGGCGGCGAUGCUGCUGCCGCUGCUGCUGCUGCGGCGGGCGGCGGCGCGGGCCCCGCUGGUGCGGGCGGGUUCCGGUGCCCCAGGCAACGCCGGUCUGAGCCACAGCGAGCGGCGGGCACGGCAAGGACACGGGGAGGAGGAGGAGGAGGAGGAGGAUGGGGGGUGCUACCGGCUGUACCCCGGGCACAUCCCCACCAGCCCGCUGCAGAAAGCGCUGCUGGCGGCCGGCUCGGCCGCUAUGGCUCUGUAUGACCCCUACAGACACGACAUGGUGGCAGUGCUGGGGGAGACCACGGGCUGCCUGGCCCUGCCCAACCUGCGCGACAAGAUGAGGCAUCACCCUGAAGGUUACCGCAUCCUCCAGGAACGGCCCCGCAUCCGUCUCUCCACCCUGGACAUGUCCCGGCUGCGGGGGCUGCCAGAUGGGUCGCUGGGCAGGGAGUACGUCCGCUUCUUGGAGGACAACAAGGUUUCUCCGGACACCCGGAUGCCACCCAAGUUUGUGGAUGAUGAAGAACUGGCGUACGUGAUCCAGCGGUACCGAGAGGUCCAUGACAUGAUGCACACCCUCCUGGGCAUGCCGACCAACAUGCUGGGCGAGGUGGUGGUGAAGUGGUUCGAAGCCAUCCAGACGGGGCUGCCCAUGUGUGUCCUGGGAGCGGCGUUCGGCCCCAUCCGCCUCAGCGCACGGAAGCUGCAGGUCCUGGCCACCGAGCUCGUUCCCUGGGCGAUCCGGAGCGGGCGCAACGCCAGCUGCAUCCUGAACGUGUACUACGAGCAGCGCUGGGAGCAGCCUGUGGAAUCCCUGCGGGAGGAGAUCGGCAUCUUCCCUCCCCCGGCCGUUCGCGUGUGAGAGCUCAAGUACGGGGAGGGGACGGGGCAUCCCCGUUGGCAGACAGCACAGU